AAAAUUACAUUGCUACUGCAUUCCGCAAUUCGCGUACUCUUAGACGAUGUUUAGCAUUGAUUCGACGAUUACUCCGUAUGUAGCAUCAAUUGCAGCUAGUUUAUCGUCCACGACAGGAUUUUAGAGAGAGCGGGUGUGCAAUAUCGCGCGCGAGCUUUUUUGUGCGCCGUGCAGAGUUUUUGUGUGGAGAGCUUGCCACUGCACCGCAAGCCACGGAGUGUUAGCUCGGUCGAAAGCUCUCUCUGGGCGUGCAAAAAUUGACGGAAUGGCAACGGACGCCGAGGAAUCGGACACGGAUGAGCACGAGAAACCUCGUCCUGCCAAACGGCAAAAGAUCCUCGAAAACCAGAGCGAAGCCGAGCUUGAGCCUCCCGAUCCAGAAAAUCCGGAAGAAGUAGUUAUUGACGAAGAAGAGGACAGGCGCUCAAGAGAAAAGUUGAGAUGCUGGCAGACCUGUCAAGUGAUCAGAGGUUUUAUAGACAAUGCAAUUAACAGUGCCAUUGAAAACUGUUCCAUGUCUCCAUCUGGUACCUUUCAAGAUCCAUGGUAUUGUCUCUUCAGAGGUAACAGAAUAGAAGACACAGCCAUUUCCGCGGCCAUACGCAACUACGGCCUCAUCCGUUCGUUAGAUAUUAAUUCUCUCGUCGAUGAGAAAGCACCUAAUGUUCCUCAAAGCUCAGAGACUGUACAAGAAUCUGCAGCUGCCAUGUCUUCUGAAGCUAUGUUGACCAGUUUAGAUAAAGCCGGUAAUAGUUCUGAAGUAUUUGAAUAUUUUGUAGUGGAAUCAUGGCUUACUAGUACCUAUGAUAGUGAUCACCAGCAGGACUUCCUGGACAGGGCUGUUGCUGAAGCUAUUAAAAAAAAGGGUUUGAGCGCGCUUAGCGUUGACUAUGGUUGAUUAGGACGUAACUGAAAUUCCGUCCUCUGUUUUAAUUUAUUCUUGUUGAGCCACCGCAAGUCUACUAUAUAUUUAUAUUUAUAUAUACAUGUAAGUCAAAGUAAAUUUUUUAUAUUAUUUUAUGUUGAUAUGUUAACUAUGCUCUCUCUUAUAUUUUCCAAAGAGUUGGCUUUUUUAUGAUUACAAAUAUUUUUUUUUUAUCUUUGUCUUACAGACAAAAAACAAUUUCUUGCUGCAAAUUAAAAAUUAUUUUUCAAUCUUUAAUAGAGUGUUAGGUAUCGAAAAUGAAUAAAGAAUGUCUCUGAUCCCACAUUCAUUUGUGUCGAAACCGAAGAAAAGAGUGACAAAAAUGCGUUGGAAGGAUCUUUUCAUUUUUUAGUGAAAAGUCACGAUCUCUCGACAGUGAGAUGAAAUUUUGUCCCCGCGCGGCGAGGAAACAUGCAAAUAUAUACGAGGUCACAUUAACAAGCAUAACUUUGUAAGGAUCGAGAAUUUAUUUUUUAAGCUUCAUCAGUAGGUUUCUUUUAAUAUGCGUCUUUAAUUAACAGCAAGAAAGUAUUAAGCCAUUUACUGAUAGUCAUUAAAUUUUAUUUUUUAAAGGUAAAUAGUUUGAGGCAAGGUGCUUCCGAGCUCCCCCUGUACCUAUUGACGUAUGUGUAACCAAUUUUAAAAAAGCCACUAAAUACAAAGAACGUUUAAAAAAUUUUAGUCUCAUCA